GAAGUGUGCCAUUUAUGUUGAACUGGGGAAUAAUAUUUCCAAAGGUUUGUCCAAAACAAUGUCGGAAGCUUCAAAAACGCUGGAGAUCAGGCUCCGGUCACGCUUUUACGAGAGACAGACUGGAACAUCACCAAAGCGAAAGAAAAGAAAGACUAUCUCUUCAACUCUUGAGGGAGCACAACAUAUGGCAUCUAUCCAGUCCCUGCCACCUGAAAUACUGGAGGAAGUACUGAAGCAAGUGUCCGUUACUGAUGUCAUUUCCUUCGGUGCCACUUGUCGGGCAUUCCAUGAUCUGAGCCUAAGCCCCGCCCUCUGGAAACAAAUAUACUAUUCCCGGGUAGCCAGGCCAUACCCCUUCAAGGACACGCCCCCUGACUGGCGAAGGGUGACCAUCAUGAAACACACCCAGAGCCUGCUGAUACAGCGUCUGUCUCCCGGUAGCUCCAGGGGGAGCCCCCCGUACUUCCCCGGCAGCGUGAUGCGGGCCAGCUCCCCGCCCCAGGCCCUGGGCUACCGGCGGGCGCUGCCCACCAAGGACCACGAGCUGCUGUGGGACCAGCAGGGCACCAUCUUCCUGCUGAGCAACGCAGACCCGGCCCUCAGGCCGCAGGGCCUCGCCACCGGGCGCCUGGAACGCCACAGCUCCAGCCACGUGCUCUGCCAGGGCGCCAAAGACUUUUCCGUGGACCCCCGUAGUGACGUCUCCUGCCGCAAGUACAUCUACGUCCUGGUGACCCACUCCAAGCCCGCCCCCCUGGGCUCCGAGGGCCCACCCCCACGCUGCGAUUGUGUGGAGGUCUACCAGCAGGACAUCAGGACGAAGGUGUUUCGCAUGACCUUUCACCCCUCCCUCAGCUUCACCCAGAUCCGCGUCAUGGGCUCUGAGGCCCACAGGACUCUGCUGCUGCUCACCGCCACAGGGAAGGUGUACGCUCUCUCGGUGAACGAGACCCAGCUCACCACACCACCCUCCUACACGGUGCAGCUGGCCCUGAGGAAGGUCAGCACCUCUCUACCUCAGCUGCCCAUCACUCAGAUCCACACCAGCUGCAGGAGCGCCCUCUACCUGACCGUGGAAGGUUCAGUCUUCAUGGAGGUGCACUCUCCUGGUGUGUACCACACCCUGUUUGGAACCCAGCUGGGCUACGAUCCCCGUGACAUCCAUGUUCCUCUGUCCCUCCGUCUGCCCUUUAAGGUGGUGAGGUGCUCUCUGGGGCUGAGCCACCUCUGUCUGCUGGAUGACUGUGGGCGCAUGUUCAUGCAAGGGAGCAACCGCUACGGUCAGCUUGGCACCGGAGACAAGAUCGACCGCGGACAGCCCACCCAGGUGUGUGUGUGUGUUCGGGUGGCGCUGUCUCUGGUACCAGUGGAUGUGUGGUGUGGGCUGAACCACUCCCUGGCCCUGCUGCAGGCGGAGUCAGGCUCCAAGGAGGUGCAAGGGUGUGGGUGUGGAGCGGGCGGCCGUCUGCCCGGGUGCUUUAAGGGCAGCGCCGUGUUCGUCAAGCUGAGCGUCAGGGUGCCCCGCACCACUCGCUCCAUCUGCUCCUCCCAGGACCUCCUCUACCUGCUCACCUGCCACGACGUUGCGGAAACCCCUCUCUUCAGCCGGCCACACCCCCCAAUCCAGCAGGCGGAGCGGGAGGCCGGCGAGGAGAGGGACAUCCUGCAGAGACAGCUGUCCCUGAUGAAGAGCAAGGGCCCCAGCGCCGCCGUCGGAAUGAAGAUGUUGCAAGACGCAGUGCAGAACCUCAUGACCCUGUUGAACCCGGUCCACCGCAACUUCCUGGUCGAUGCUCUGGGUCUCAUCCAGAAAGCGUCGGAUAAAAAGCCACUGGAAUCAUAGAACACCUAUGAGAUAGAACAUCAUAAGAGAUACUGGUUACAUGGUUAAAAAAAUAUCUUUAUCACCACAGUUGAUGGAGUAACCUCUGUUUCAAUGCUAUAUUGAAUGA